AUGUACGCACGCAGAGCUUGCGAGAUCUUUCGGUAUAGGUCUCGUAUAGUCACUUGUAAAGUCGGCCAAGCUGUCUUGCCUUCUGUUCCCUUCCAUAAUGCUACCAGUAUGGAAUGGUUACGACGUUUGACGUCGCGCCAGACGCACUCACCCUCGACGCCCGUUUCUCCCCGGUCGGAAACCAACCCAACCCUAACCCAAGGAAUAUAUACCUCAGACUGUGAUGAGGAUACUGUCUAUCACUACACAUCUGGGCGAUGGCUUUGGAAUGAGAAAGAACAGUUGUCCCGUCGCUAUGUCAAGUUUAAUCUGGCAGAGCUCGUCAAUAUCGCAACCCAUGCGACAGGGUCAAAGUCCUGCGUCGAAGUACAGAAACUCCCAGAAGGAAAUUUUAGCAAGGUUUUCCUACUCACGAUGGACGAUGGGAAAGAAGUGAUUGCAAAGCUCCCGAAUCCCAAUGCUGGACCGCAAUACUUUACCACAGCUAGUGAAGUAGCGACCAUGGACUAUGUCCGGAAUGUACUGAAUAUUCCAGCCCCAACAGUGUAUGCUUGGAGCCCCUCUACCGAAGAGAUUGGAGCCGCGUAUAUCAUUAUGGAAAGAAGCCGCGGAGUUGAACUUGGCAAACUGUGGGAUGAUCUACCUGGUCCUGAUAAGUUUGAGAUUGUUCAGAAACUCGUUGGGUUUGAGAAGGUACUUGUAUCCACUCGGUUUCCUAUGUAUGGAAGCAUAUAUUAUGCAAAUAACCUACGCCCUGUCGACUCAAAUCAGAUGAUCGAGCUUGGGGAUAAAAAGAACACUGUUGGUGUGGAAUUUGCGGUUGGUCCGACCACGAAUCGAACCUUCUUCGAUGAUGGCAGAGAUGCUGUUGAUGUCCACCGAGGGCCCUGGGCAUCUAUUGAGGAUUAUGUUUCUACUCGUGCCAACCGCGAACUUGCUUGUCUGCAGACUUUUUCGGAAUUCCCACGUCCGCAAGGGCUAUUUUAUGGGCCUGGUCAAUACCAGCCUACUGCUCAACGAAAACAAGAAACACUGCGAAAUGUCCUCAAGGUCGCCAAGUUUCUGUCACCAAAAGACAAAGAGAUAUCUAAGCCUGUUCUGUGGCACCCCGAUCUACACGGGGACAACAUCUUCGUGAACCCGGAUCAGCCAACACAGAUUCUUUCCAUCAUCGAUUGGCAGGCCGUGAAUUUGUCACCUCUAUUUCUCCAGGCUCGCCAUCCAGCGCUGAUAGAGUUCCAGGGACCUAUCCCUGAGGGACUGAAGCGGAUCCAGCUACCGGACAACUUCGAUGACCUCAGUCCAGAAGAGCAGCUCGAGGCGAAGAAGCUUCGUGCUGCCCAGUCCCUCUACAAACUUUAUGAUAUUCAGAUGAUGCAAGAGUGCCCUGAGAUUGCAGCCGCUUUAAAAUUCAAAAAUUCACUCGCUGGCCAAAUCACGGGUCUUUCAGGCUCGCUCUUUAGUGACGGAGAACCCAUUGUCCAGGGUAUGCUCAUAAGGCUGCGGGAACAAUGGGCGACUCGCGUUGGGUCAUCCAUUCCCUGUCCACUUUCUUUUACUGAGGAGGAUAAGGAGCAGCGAAAGCUGGACGAGGCAAAGUGGGCUAGUGGUGUUGAACUAAUGGAGGAAUUCCUCGGGCAAGUCGGAGCAUACCGA